GUGGAGGUUGCAGGGGAAUAAAAAGUCGCCCGGAGGCAGCCGCAGCCCCCGGGAUCCCCCGCCGCCUCGACCCUCCUCGCCGGUCCCCAUCAGCUGGGAGACAAGCGCGUUUCAAAACACUUCAACUUCGAAGAAGAACUCCAUCCGUGGGCACGCCUGUGAUCUGCAUGGCUUCAUCGCUCUACGUCCACAACUAUGCUUCGGCGAGCGGCGAGGCGGCUGAGGAAGGGGACCAGGAUGCCUUCUGCGUCUUGGAGCUAUGCGACCCUCGUUCGCAUCCCGAGGCGGACCCCUCCACCAUCACCUUCUUUGGGGCCCUGUCGGAGGCAGAAGAGGGCAGCGGCCUCGGGAGAGCCCCGCCGCAUCGCUGCGACUCUGCCGCGGUCGCCACUCGUCCGCCGGGGUUUCUGAGUCGCAUCCUCGCGGCGUUCCUGCGUUGGAUUCGAAACCGCGACAACCGCAAUGCCGCGGGGGAUGCGCGCCGAGACUCGCGGGGCCGCGAGGGGGAAGGCCCGGAGGCGUUUCCACUUGUGCAGCUUUGACCGCAAAAGACUUUACACGUUUUAACUAGGGGGGGGUGAUUUUGAAAGUGUCGUUAAAAAAUAUUGCCUCUGAACUCUUUCAAAUGGCAUCGACACAUUCACAUGGGCGUUUAGGCAACAAAGGGUGAUGAUAAAAUCGUGCGAAAACGUGUAACCAAACCCUACCUCCCGCGAUCCAGAUCGCUUUCUUUUUAAUCUUGAUUUAUUAUUUGGGGGCAAUGCACACGGGUGGUGAAUUUACCGUGACUUGAGAUGCUGAUGCGACUUGAUGCUGAUGUAGUUCGCAAUAUUGCAUUGGCCAAUAAUUUUUAAUUAACAUUUUUAAGCGUGUUUUUACUGAACUUUCCUGCAUAAAUGAGUGAUACUGAAUAUGAACCUAACCAACUUUCCGCAAUUACAAUACAAGGGACACCAUGUCCCUAACGCUUAAACCACUGGGUAACUCAAAUGUGACGGUUAUGGAAAUGUGCGUGUCAUGGGACAGACCACUUGUCAAAGGUUUUGUAACCCUUGCCUUUUAAACUGCAGGUCAAUUUUGUAUUAAACACUUUUUACCUGUGA